GGUAUGUUUAUAAAAUAUCUUUCUUCUUGAAGAUCACAUCAAAAUUCAGGAAACCAGUUUAACUCUUAUUCGUAAGAUGAGCUGCGGCUCAAAGUGAUGGAGUUUGCAGCUUAAUUCACUACAUUUGAAAUAGUUUGAGGUGUAGUUCAGUUGUGUUCACUAGGUCACAUGUAUCAAACGGUUUAAUCACAAUUCUUGUUAGGUUUUAGUGAAUCUGAUCGCUGCACAUGCGCAGAUUCUCCAGCAGAGGACAGCUCUACAUCAAUAAUACAGAUUCAUUCACAGCAGAGUCGAUGCUGCAGAGUUCAUCUGAUAUGAUUCAAGCAGAACACAAUAGAUUCAUUAUUCAGAUCAGGUUUUAGUGUACUAAUGUUUCACAAUAUUACAGUUUUCGCUGUAUUUUGGAUCAAAUGAAUACGUGGUGAGCAGAAGAGACAGGUCCGUGUCGUGGAUUAGAGUUAAAGGAGAUGAACAGCAUGCUUGAGAACCGAGGAGAAGAAGAAGAAGAAGAAGAAGAAGAAGAAGGAGGUCCUGAUGAAGCAGGCAGAAGCUCCAGCGUUUUCUCUGUUUGUGACAAUCCAAUUAACACUCUCCACACAGACAGGAGCCAUGUAUUAUUAGCUGUGUGUAUGUAUGUGUGUGUGUGUGUGUGUGUGUGUGUGUGUGUGUGUGUGUGUGUGUGUGUGUGUGUGUGUGUGUGUGUGUGUGUGAGAGAGCUCAUGCAGCGUCUGCAGAUCAUUAGACAGCAGCACGUCUGGACAGAUUCCAGAUUUUUAAAUCAUUGUAUCUCAGCCGAAUACUGUCCUGAUAAACCAGACUUCAGUGGAAAUCUUCUUCUUUCGGAUGAAGUGUGAAGGUUUGCUAGGACUGACCCUCUCACGGCCGCACACCGAGUGAAGACGGUAAUAAUAACGAGGCCGGUGUUUGUGUGCUGCUGGAGUAUUUAUAGUUCUCGUUCAUUGACGUAUAAACUCUGAAUGAAAGCGCUGGCGCGCCUCUGACGUACCGGAUCAUGUGUCGGUUACCGUAGAUUUCCCGUGCUCGACUUUUUCCUCGGUUCUCGUCUUCGCUCCGGUGUUGAUCCGAGCGCCUGUCUCUGUCUCCCGGAGGCUCGACGCGCUUCAAGAAGGAGUCUGCUGAGACGAUGCUGAGACGCUCUCCAUCGGUGAAAGUUCACAAACUUAGCAGGUGAGCUCUGUGUGACAAGCUUCCAUGAAACCCCAUUUCCCAGCUGAAGCUCCCCGUCUGAGGGAGUGUCUCAUAACACCUGCCCAAAUGCUGGGUCUUCCCUCCUAUCCUCUCAUUUCCCUUUAAACUCCCUCACCAGACCAUACCUGCCACCGUCACCACACUCAUCAUGUCAAGCCGAAGGAAGUCAUCAAACCCCUGUGUGCUCCGUGCCACCAGUUUCACUGCAGAAGACUCAUCGGAAACGGAUGUUUCAGAAAAGACUGUGUUAGACAGAUAUUCACCUGUUCAGAUCACAGUAGAUGAAAACUGCACAUCACUGAAUGAAAAGGAAGAGGAUCAGUCCGAGGGGGGUUCUGUAUCGGAGCAGAGCUUUAGAGAUUAUGAGGAGAUCCCUGAGUCUGAACGUACAGUCAGUACACUCUACAUUUGUACUAUCUGCAAUUUCAGUACCAACAAGUCUGACUCCCUUUCAUGUCAUAAUGAAAUUCAACACCCCGGUAAGAGCCAUUUUAAGGCCAGGCAUAUCAAUCUGGAUAGCCAAAGUAUCCAGGAGCAAACCAUUGAAAGUGAGAAUGAAGGAUCCCUUUCGGACACCAUAUGUGACUAUGGACUGCUUGGAGACUCCAAUCCAGAAGGUGAAGAAACUGGAAAGACUGCAAUGGAUAACAACUGCAUUUUGGAGAAAGGACUAGACGUGGUGAAGAAGCUGGACAGUUCGGUGCUGAAGGAUGAGAUCAGAGCUGUAAGUGUAAAUGGUACAAUCAUUAUUACAGAGCCUACGAGUCAUGUAACGCCUCUGCUACAGAGACCCCCCAAUCUCAACACCUCUCCAAAGAUUGCCGUUCCUCUUCACUCCACCAAGUACAACCCCAUGUUGGACAGCAAUGUCACCCUCAUCACAUCGUUCAACAGAUUCCCAUAUCCGACCCACGCAGAACUCUCCUGGCUCACUGCUGCCUCCAAACACCCUGAGGAGCAGAUCAAGGUAUGGUUCACCACUCAGCGUCUGAAGCAGGGCAUCACCUGGUCCCCUGAAGAAGUGGAAGAAGCCCGUAAGAAGAUGUUCAAUGGCAACAUAGCACCUGCACACCAUAACUGUAAAAUCUGGCCUACACUAGUAGGAGAACCGCUCAACCCUUGCCAUGGAUUUGGGAACAUCACAACUAAUAGAUCACCCACUACUUAUACACCUGGCAUUGCUACAGCAGUCCGUCAGACACAGGCACUAAAGCGCACUUUAGGAACUCCACUCUUGGCUUCAGAGGUCAAACGCCCAACUGAAGAUCCCAAAGAGAGUCUGCGUAUGCCUCCUCCACCUGCUCCACCUCCAGAAAGACUCUUUGUCGCUGUUUCUCCUGGCAUUUCAGAGACCAAAACAUCUUGCCCUGGUUCUCUGGUGGUCUUGGACAUGAAGAGACCUGUUGCUACACAUUUUGUCCCACCUAAAGAGAAGCCCCCAAUUGCUCAAUCUAAAGACAAGAUACUUAUGGCAUUUCCUUCAGAGUUGCCCAACGGAAGACUCCCUUUGUCACCCAUAGUGUCCACCAAUCUCAGAAGAUCUGUAAUUAAUCAGCGAAUGAGCCAACAUACUCCAGCCUCUUUGUUUGUUUCUAAAAACAAGUUUGGUAAUGGUGCAACCAUGCCCUUGGCACCAGCUGUGGUAGCCCAACAAGAGAUUAAGCCAUUGAUCAUGCAGUCUCCUUCAGCAGUGCCUCUUUCCCCGUCCCCAGCACCAGUCCUUCAGUGUAAGUCUAUAGAGCCAUCAGCUGCUCCAGCAUUCCCAUGCUUUAGUAGUCAGAAUGGCAAAGAAACGCCCUGUGGGGAUGCUAAGCAUUGGUUUUCCCAGAAUCAUUCCCUAAACUCACCUGUCGAGUCUGCUCUGAAGGAGCGUUCAGUUCCCACUCACUUUCCUCUGCUAGAGAGAGUGAAGGACAAGAGUCCUGGACAAAUGAAGCUUCUAGAAGAGAGCUUCCAGAGGAACAGUUUCCCGUCCUACAAUGAGGUUGAACACCUCGUGAUCACCACUAGACUGUCCAGAGAGGAAAUCGAAAGCUGGUUCUUGGAGCGCAGAGCACUUCGAGAUGAUUUGGAACAAGCCCUGCUGAACUCCAUGGGCUCUAAACGGGAGUCCCAGCAGACUCUCCUCAACGGAGUCCAGAGAUGUUCUGGCAACCUUUCCUUCAGCCCUGUGCCUCAAGUCAGCAAGUCUGUGAACCUUCUCAAAAAUGUUUUUGUUCACAACCGUUGGCCUUCACCUAUAGAGUUCAGGCAUCUGGAGAUGCAGGCGCGGUUGGCUCGCACAGAACUUGUCCGCUGGUUCAGAGAUAGUCGGCUAGCUCAGCAGAGCCGGGUCUUAGACCGGAAGGAGACGUUUGGAGAGCGGAACAUUGCAACAAAACGACCGCUGAGGGAAGAGAACAUCAAACCCAGCAGCCCAGAGAUAGAAAACUGGUUUGGCAACACAGGGAGCAAUGGUGAGGCGAUUGGUGAUAGCAGAGAGGACACUUGUGAGCUGUUCUCAGACGCAGAUUAGAAGACUGAAGGUGAGAAGCGGCUCAUCGAAGCGUUGACGUCAGACUGGAGCAUUGUGGGAAUGUUGCUGUAUUGUUGUGUGAGUGUUGUGUGAGGAACGCUGGAGUCUCUGUGUACCUGCAAACGUACCUUUACUGCAGAUAUGCUGCAGACCUGUACAUUUUUAUGGCAUAUUUUGUUACAUUUUAUAAUGGGAACAAGUUUUGGCUGUUUUUUAGUGGACAUUUCCUAACCGUCUGUGGAAGGAGACGCAUGACCGAUUCUUCACUACAGACGGGACUCUUUAUUGACAGAAUUAACUGUUGAUUAUGCUCACAGAUGGAGUCAUGAUUCACUCUUCUGCUGGUGAACACACACACACACACACACUCGUAAUGAACUCUGCUAGCGCUCUCUUCACACACACAACGCUGCUGGAAUCCAAUAAAACACGGCCAGAUUUA